GUUAUGGAACUUACUGCGGAGCGGGAGAUUAGCCAGCGUCAAGCCGACAGGCGGGAGGCACGAAUGAUUGAUUUAACCGAGAAGAUCUCACUUGGCGAGGCCAGAGAGCGUGAUCUUCGGGAUAAAAUUAAACGCGCCGAGAGGACCUGUUCCGAUAUCGAGGCCAAGCGCAAGGCGGAUGGAGUGAUGUGGCGUAUUCGCUUGAUGGAGCUAAGUGCUCAACUUGCGGAGUCACGUCAACGAUCCGCCCUUAUUGAAUGUCGCUACGAAGCCUUAAUCGCUUCUCGUCGUCUUCACACUACAGCGGUUGUUGGUACUAGCACCGAUGCUCGGGUUGAUGCGGAAGCAUUUCUCACAAAUCCUUUCAGAGUGAAAUCGCCAAGCCCCUCAUCGUCGUUUCCUUCUGACAUCGGUGAGCGCGCUGACCUGCAGAAAACUGUCGGUAAUAAUUAA